UUUUCUAAUAAUGAUGAUGAUUUUGAUGAUGAUGAUGAUGAUGAUGAUGAUGAUGAUGAUGAUGAUGAUGAUGAUGAUGAUGAUGAUGAUGAUGAUUUGGAUGAUGAUGAUUUUGAUGAUGAUGAUGAUGAUGAUGAUGAUGAUGAUUAUGAUGAUGAUUUGGAUGAUGAUGAUGUUGAUGUUGAUGAUUCGGAUGAUGAUACUGAUUUGGAUGAUAUUGAUGAUGAUGAUUCGGAUGAUGAUGGUGGUAAUGAUAAUGAUGAUGUUGAUGACUCGGAUGAUGAUACUGAUUUGGAUGAUGAUGAUUUGGACGAUAAUGAUAUUGUGAAAUCUUUAUUUUAUAUGAUUUAUUCUCUUAUUGAAUACUAUAUAGAAAAGUUCAUAGAAUUGAAUUGA